AGAAUGAAACAUGGCUGAGGACCCGCAGAGAAAUUUCCGAUCCGUAUAUUAUGAAAAAGUGGGCUUUCGUGGUGUGGAAGAAAAGAAGUCAUUGGAAAUCCUUCUGAAAGAUGAUCGGUUGGAUAUUGAAAAGCUUUGCACAUUCAGUCAAAGAUUUCCGCUCCCAUCCAUGUAUCGAACCCUCGUGUGGAAGGUGCUUUUAGGUAUUCUUCCUCCCCAUCAUGAAUCUCAUACGUUUGUGAUGAAGUACCGAAAAGAGCAGUAUAAAGACGUCUACCAUGCCCUCCAAGUAAUUCGCUUUAUCAAUGAGUCAACCCCACAAGUUGAGGUUUUCCUCCGGAUGUAUCAGCUGGAAUCAGGAAAGCUACCUCGAAAUCCAUCUUUCCCAUUGGAACCUGAAGAUGAAGUAUUUCUUGCUAUUGCUAAGGCUAUGGAGGAAAUGGUUGAAGACAGCAUCGACUGCUACUGGCUCGUCAGUAGCUUUGUGAACCUAUUUAACAAUAAAUAUAAGGACGCAAUACCCCAAUUGCCAAAAUAUCUGGAACAAGCGUUGAGCCUCGAAGACAGCAGGCUCCUAACGCAUCUGAAAUCAUGUUCAGCAAUGAGCCAGCUUCCUUACAACCUCUGGUUUCGGAAGUGUUUUUCUGGGUGUCUACCUGAUCGAGCCUACAAAGGCAAGGUUUGGGACAAAGUGAUCAGUGGUUCCUGCAAAAUCCUUGUCUUUGUUGCUGUUGAGAUUUUGUUGACUUUCAAAAUGAAGUUGAUGGUAUUGAACGGCGCUGAGAAGAUUGCCCAGUUUUUGGAAAAUGUACCUCAAGAUAAUACUGAUGCAAUUGUGAGCAAAGCCAUUGAGUUGUGGCACAAACAUUGCGGGAUGCCUGCACAUUCAGUCUGAGCAUU